AUGGCGGCAACAUUCAGGCCCGUCAACAUCGAGGUGAAGAAGGAGGAUCCGAUGGCAGCAAGGCCACCGUCGCCAACGACCCCGACCCCGACCAAGGCCACCUUCAGUCAGAACCACCAGCGACCGCUGCCCACGUCGCCAUUCCCGCAAGCAGUGCAGAUCCCCGAGAGUAUAGACGAGAACAAAGUCCCGCACCGGGAGGACUCGCAGCGCUCGAAAAGGUCGAGAGGUGACUCGGAGGAUGUCGACAUGGAUGACUCGGACGGCGAGGGGCAUGGCGACGACGGUGGCUCGGACGACGAAAGCGUGAACGCCGAUGGGUCCAAGUCGAACAAGAAGAAGAAGUCUCAGAGGUUCUACUGUACCGACUACCCCCCAUGCAACCUGAGCUUCACCCGGAGCGAGCACCUCGCCCGGCAUAUCAGAAAACACACGGGAGAACGGCCUUUCCAAUGCCACUGCUCCCGCCGCUUCUCUCGCCUGGACAACCUACGCCAACAUGCGCAGACCGUCCAUGUAAACGAGGACAUCCCUGUGGAUUCCUUGGCUGCCACUGGCACCAGGUUCCAACGCCAGAUUAGGACUGAUCGAGUGCGGCAACCGGGUAGGGCGCGCGCCUCGACGGCCGGUAGCAUGGGUGGCGCGGCCCGGGGCCAUGGAAAAUCGCUGUCGACGUCCAGCAUCGGCUCCAUUACCUCCAACUUCAGCGUCCGUGACGAUGUACGGCGGCGUCCUCCGCCCCUCGUCAUGGCUGACCCUCGCUCGAGGCUUUCGUUUGAGUCUUACCACAGCGGUGCAGACAGCCAGUACUCGUACCGACCCGUGUCGCCGAGCGACUUUAGCACCCCGACAUCCGCGACCUUCUCGACUGGACAGAGCAGCCCGAAAUGGGGAUCUGGCAUUGCCUCGCCAACGUCAGGCCACGCACGCUCGCAUAGCAUGUAUGCCGGAUCGCGCACUCCUGGCCGUCGCCUCAGUGUGCCCUCUGGUAAUCCCUUCCAGUCUCCUCACGGUGCCAACGUAGGACGACCACUCUUCGGACCGGGUGCGAUGAAUAGUUCCAACCCCGGUGCUCUUUCUCCUGCUACCAGCGUCAUGGCCUCGCCUACGUCGUCAAUCUUCUCGCGCCGGGACUCUAUCACGAGCGCUGCCGAUGAGGCCUGGCGCCGUCGUACGUGGCAUCCGGACUCGAGCAAUUUCGCCGCUGCCAACGCCAGUAGUCGCCUGAGUAACGUUCUUACGCCAUCCCAGUUCCAGAGCCCGGUCUCUGGUCCGCUGCCUAUUGCCAAUCCAGCUUCCCAGAGCACUUCUGUCAGGUUACCCGGCAUCGAGUCUUUCGAUCCGAUACCUCACCGACCAGCCGCAUCUCCACCACGGCGCAAUGUGUCGCCAAUGAUGAUUGACCCAGAGUCCGCACACCACUCGGCUCUGCAGCCCGUUGCUGAGAACGUAUCUGAAGAGCGUCCAAGUACGGCCAAUUGGGAUAUGGGGCUUCAUCGUGGCCUCACCCGGCUUGAUAUCACCUCCAACACCACGCCACCGAGAGAUGGUGCCAGUAACUGGGCUCAGGAGGCGCAGAGAGCCGUCGAGGCCGAAGCUGAUAGAGUCAGGCUCAACCCGCCAACAGUUCGUUUCAACGACCAUGUCGUCGUGCAAACUAGUGCGUCAAGUGCGCCGCCCAGUCGGUCGUUUCACCAGCAUACCAUGUCGGCCCCGUUGAUUACUCACAGGGAGAACAAGAGGCACGGAUGGUACCAUGGUCCUGUGACUGUACACAGCGAAGCACGUCCGGAGAAGAUGGCACGGGUAGAGAGGAUGGUUCAUCCUAACAUCAGCCAAUUCCCCGGCUUUCCCGCCCGAAACGAGGGUUCUCUACCGCAGCAGCCUCCACCUCAAGCGCAAACUGGCACAGACAGAGAUAAUAUGCUCCGUCUCGAAGCUCUAGUUGCAGUGGCCACAAGCGAGAAUAACGCAACCACCGCAUACUAA